GGACUGUUCGCGCUGCAUUGUGGGAUUACUAGCAAAAAUGGAGACAGCCGUAGGGGGCAUGUUGAAACGUCAAUAAAACUUGAUCACAAGUUUUAUGCCGCUACAAUUUUCCUGCUGUAAAAUAAUUAGAAAAAUAUCGAUUUGACAUACAAUUGUAAACACGCGCAGAAUCAGGUAAUGACUCAAAGAAGACUUUUUACUUGAUUUGUUGAGAGAAGCUAAAGCUAAGGUGGAAAGCUGUGGACAUGUCGGCCCUGGGAGGUUUGCUGAGAGCCGGGGCGUCCUUGUGUCAGUCUGCGGGGACUCUGCUGCACACAGCCAGGACAAUCUCUACAGGCACAUAUUGCCAGAUUAGGAUGCAUGCUAUUCCUCAACCAAAGCAGGUGGACAGGUGGAAUGAGAAGAGGAGCAUGUAUGGAGUUUAUGACAACAUUGGAAUCCUAGGAGACUUUAAAGCUCAUCCCAAAGACCUCAUCAUCGCCCCCUGCUGGCUAAAAGGCUUUAAAGGAAAUGAACUGCAGCGAUUGAUUAGAAAGAAGAAGAUGGUGGGAGACAGAAUGAUGACUCUGGAGAGGCAUAACUUGGAGAAAAGGAUCCGCUUUCUCUACAGACGGUUUAACCGCACGGGCAAACACCGCUGAUGCUAACCACAACACCGUGGCAAAUGCAGGCUGUGAGGAGUGUCAUUUCAUAUUCUGUGUAAUGUACCAUUUAUCAUUAUUCAGCCAAGAUUUAUGUUUCACUUUUAUUUACAGGGUAGUUCUUUCGCUAAAGAAUAUCUUCCUCUUUCAAAGAAAGUUGCAUAAUAAAUUUUGAAGGAAAAUUAUAAA